AUGCCAAAAAGGGGGACUGAGCAGAUGCAGUCAGGGCAGACGAAGCCUGCGUCCACUCCAGCAAACCAGAAUUUCAGUGGAGCCAUCCAACGAGAUAGAUUUGAUCCCUAUUUGCAUCCCAGGACCUCAGAGUACAAACAUACUCCUACACUCCCCAACAGAUUCUUCAUUGCCUCCUCACAGUCCUCAUUCUCCCCAUUGCCCCCAGCCUUACCUGAACCCCACCCCCUGCCUUCCUCCACCACCACCACCACCAUCCCUCCUCCCCCUCCCCCCCCUCCUCGCCAGCCAUCACCUCACCUGCCCUCCAGCCUAAGCUUCAAGCCCAGCCUCAGCCCUCAGCCCCAGAAGACCCCCUCACCUGGAAGCUCAGCACAGAGCCAGCUUCAGUCUGAGAAGCCAGGAGGAGAGAACAAUGACUUCAGGGUGUACAUCAUCACAUGGAACGUGGGAUCAGCUGUGCCGCCAGAUGACAUCACUUCUCUCUUUGGACCAAAUGUCUCCGAUGGGAACAUUGACAUGUUUAUCAUCGGACUCCAAGAAGUCAACUCCAUGAUAAACAAAAGACUGAAGGAUGUUCUUUUCUCAGACCAGUGGAGUGAGCUUUGCAUGGACACACUCAGCCCUUUUGGAUAUGUUUUGGUGGCGUCCCAGCGAAUGCAGGGAGUGCUGCUGCUGGUUUUCUCUAAAUUCUGCCACCUUCCAUUUCUCAGAGGUGUGCAGACACAGAGUACACGCACAGGACUUGGGGGAUACUGGGGGAAUAAAGGCGGCGUCAGUGCAAGGAUGACCAUGUUCGGCCACCCCGUGUGCUUCCUCAACUGUCACCUGCCAGCUCACAUGAGGAACCUGGAACAGAGGAUGGAAGACUUUGAAAGCAUCCUGCAGCAGCAGCAGUUUGAAGGAGGGGCUGCUACUGGUGUACUAGACCAUGAUGUCGUGUUUUGGUUUGGGGAUUUAAAUUUCCGUAUUGAAGACUAUGAUAUCCAUGUGGUGAAAUGUGCCAUUGACAGCAAUAAGCUGCCUCUUCUGUGGGAGCGGGAUCAGCUCAACAUGGCUAAAAACACAGAGCUCAUCCUGGAAGGCUUCAUGGAGGGACAACUUAAAUUCCCACCUACUUAUAAGUUUGAUGUAGGCACUCAUACCUACGAUACCAGUGCUAAAAAGAGGAAACCUGCCUGGACAGAUCGCAUCCUAUGGCGUCUUCGCCGCAGUGGUUCACCAGUUCCUACCCACAAUGCAGCACUGCAGCGUGGCCUGACCUCGUGGUUGGGGGGGGCAACUAAAGUGACACAGCAUGCGUAUCGCAGUCACAUGAGUUUCACCAUCAGUGACCACAAACCUGUUUCUGCCCUGUUUUCACUACAUUUCCCAUUCAGGGUGGAUAUGCCUCUGGUGGAACUGCAGGUAAACAAGGAAUGGUGCAAAGCCUCAGAUGCUACAGUCAGAUUCACUGUUGCAUCAACUUAUCAGCGCAGCUCAUGGGACUGGGUGGCAAUAUACAAGGUUGGAUUCAGACAUCACAAAGAUUAUCAGGCGUAUGUGUGGGCCAAAGCGGAGCAUGCAACGCAGGUGACAUUCUCAGAGGAGGAUUUGCCGAGAGAUGACUGUGAAUAUAUCCUGGGUUACUACAGUCAUAACAUGAACAGCAUUGUUGGAUUGUCAUCACCAAUUCAGAUCAACAUGCCAGUUCACAGUCCCACCGUGUGUCGCUCCGAGAGCUCCGAUGUCAGCUCUGAAGAUGACAGCACUCUUGUUCUGCUGGCUCCAAACUCCCGCAGCCCGAGCCCUAAAGCGGGCAAACACCACCACCGUCACCGGCGCAGUCGCAGCCCUGCACUUCCUGCUCUUUCAUCUAAUCCCCUCCCUUCUCUGCAGAGCCUCAGCCUCGGGCCUCGCUCCAAAGAGAGCCAGACACGAAGCCGCUCUCCCUGCUCUAAAAAGGAGCGGCUGAUGUCCCCCGAUGCCGUGCCAUCUCCCACCAUCAGCCCGCUCAGUCCUCGCAGCCCUGUGUCUCCAGGUAGUGUGGUGACUGCACCAGAGGCCCUGGUUGCUGCUAUCCUAGGUGAACCCAGACCAGCUCAGGUUAGCCCCACAGGGGUGAAACGGAUAGGAAAGACAGGGGAAACAGACACUGCAAAGAAAAUGAAAAUCAAGAGUUAAAAUGAGACUGUGUAUGAGCGGGAAAAAAAGCAAUAUCCAUCAAAUCAGAGUCUGAUCUGACCCCCGUGUCACUGUGCUCAUAGUGUCACAGGGCAUUUAUUGACUCCUAAUGUAGUUUGCAAACAUUCCUUUGCUUUCCCAGUGCUUUUAUAGACUCAUAAGCUAUAUCAUUAUGUAAACAAGCAUACAGAAUAUGAGGCUAAAGUUGGAGCAAACCUGUGACCGAUAUGAACAGAUGUUAUUGACAGCAAUAUGGAUCCAUGUAAACAUGGAUCCAUAUUGCUGUCAAUAUGUCAGUUCUGCAUCAGAGUAAGGACCUUGGAUCACAAGUAUUGAUGGUAUCACAGUUAACAGCAGAGUGUGUGUGUGUGUGUGUGUGUGUGUGUGUGUGUGUGUGUGUGUGUGUGUGUGUGUGUGUGUGUGUGUGUGUGUGUGUGUGUGAGUGGUUUUGUGUAGACCUUUGUGCUAAACCAUAAAUAUGUCAAACUUUCAUUUUGGAACACAUGAUGGUUUAAAUGUUUAACUCUAUAGGUCUUGGUCUGUAUUCAUAAAACAAAUCCAAAUGCAUCCAAAUCAUUCCAAAUCUGAAAUCUACAUGUGACUGUGAAAACUUGAACAUCGCUUUUUGUGGAUACAGCCCCUGUUCUAUAGGGCACUUUGAGUGACUGUUUAGGCUAAUAAUGUGUUUCUUUGGCUCCCAGGAAACUGUGUUGUGUCAUCUAUGCGAUUGUGCAAAUAAAAGAGCAA